ACAAUCUACAUUUCAUAUGAUCCGACCAUAUGUAAGACAUAUGUAAUGUAUAUAAUAAGAAAUUUGCAGGCUUUCUACUUUAUCGCCAUAACAGAUUACCAGUGUUCCAAGGACCUUCCUCUAGCUACGUGGCACCACUUUUAGCCAUAUCUCAGAUAGAUAAAGGAAGAUGCAACGGCACACAGCCCUUCACUUUUUUCAACAAUAUUUCAAACAUGACAGAGACAAAAUUCCCGGAAGGGUCCGACGAAAUCGUACUCCGUUACAUACAGGCGUUACAAGGCAGUUUAUUGGCGGCUGGUGCUGUCCAUUUUUUGGUAGGAGUGACUGGAUUGGUUGGAGUUUUGCUACGAUUUAUUGGGCCAAUUACAAUUGUCCCGACAAUUCUCCUCACUGGCUUUUCCGUAACAGACACAAUUAUAAAAUACACUCAAGUCAACUGGCCGCUGUCUAUGAUGACCAGUACCAUAGCCAUAAUCCUGUCUCUGUACUUAGCUAAUAGGAAAACAGUCAUCCCGAUGUGGUCAAGAAAGAAAUCCUGGCAUUUGAUACGAUAUCCGCUCCAUACAGUGUUCGCUCUCCUGAUAGCUAUGGCGGUAGGUUGGGCGAUGUGUGCCAUCCUUACAGAGGCCGGCGCCUUCAGUAUGGACAGGGAUCAUAAAGACUUUUACUCAAGGACAGACGCUAGGACAGACAUCAUCCACAAGUCCAGCUGGUUUAACAUGCCCUACCCUGGACAGUUUGGACCAAUGCGGUUUGAUAUCUCAGUGUUCGUUAGCUUUAUGGUGGCAACUGUUGUUUCCAUCCUCGAUUCCAUCGGGGAUUAUUAUGCAUGUGCAGCAGCCUGCAAUGUUCCACCGCCUCCGUCACACAGUGUAAACCGUGGUAUUGCAGUCGAAGGGCUCUGUUCCUCCCUGUCAGGUGUAAUCGGAUGUGGACACGCUACUACUACCUACGGGAGUAGCAUCGGUGCUAUUGGACUGACACGGGUCGCCAGCCGCUACGUAUUCAUGGCAGCUGCACUGAUCUACAUAGUCUUUGGUCUCGUCGGAAAAGUAUCCGCCAUUUUUAUCACAAUUCCAUAUCCGGUCCUAGGUGGCGUUCUCCUCGUUAUGUUUGGAGUUUUUAAUGGAGUCGUUUUAUCCAACCUACAGUCUGUUAGUCUGUCGUCCAUGCGAAACCUCGCUAUCAUAGGGUCUUCACUGAUGGUAGGAUUGGUCAUACCGGAGUGGAUAGAGACGUACGACAACACUAUCGACACAGGAAACAAAGAAGCAGACAAUGUCAUUCUUACGUUGCUAGGCAACCCGAACCUAGCGGGCGGUGUACUUGCCUGCUUCCUUGAUAACACUAUACCAGGCACAAGGGAAGAACGUGGUAUAGCUCUAUGGGAAGCUAAAGAAGAAGAUGAUCCAUCGUCGAAAUUUUCGGAGGGAUAUGAAGUGUACAACCCCCCACUUUUUGACAAGAUAAAGCACUUCAAAAUGCUUAGGUUUCUUCCAUUCAUGCCGGCUCCCCAGGAAAAGGGAAUGUAGAUAGAGAGCUCCUAGUUUUUGGAACUAAGAAGUAAUAAUGAAACAAUAAUCAGAAAUGAAGUGCUUUUCAUUGAUAUGUUUAUUUUUACAUACUAAACUAUACGCGGAAUAAAUGUCUACAGAGGAUAAGUUAAUACAAAAAUAACAUAAGAAGUAGGUGUGGUGAAAUGGACAUUUUCAUGUUAUAUAUUAUACCUGAAAUAAAAUCAAAAAGUAUCGUGUCGAAGUUUAUACAGCAGGCAUAAUGAGAAACACGACAAAGACAUGAGCAGCUUGAGUCAAAAGUAUAUAAAAAAAUGUGGAUGAGUUGAACAAAAAGUCUAUCAGUUUUCCGGAAGCAACUAGGAAAUUUGUUAUUUUUAGCUCAAAAUUUCGAUAAACGAGGGGGAAUAUAAAGAAAAUAGAGAUUAACCCCAGAAAAAAA